CAGAAAAUAACUAUCUUGGAUCUUAACGGAGUCAUUCUUCACCAAAGGCUCUUUUCAGAGCCACCCAUUUAUUCAUUAAAAGGGCUUGCAUUUUCCGUACUUAAGUUGCUAGUUUAUAACAUAGAAGUAGAUGUCUACUAAAAUAGAAACGUGAGGUUUACAGUCCAUGUUAAGGUUGCCAUAAUAAAUUUAAGCAAAUUAAGCGACGUUGGGGAGAAAGCUUGCACUAACAGGUAAUUUAAAUACAUUAGCAGUCAGUCCUUCGGUUUACAAACCUGUUAAAAGGUGGUAGAAAUACUGGUAGGCAUAGUGCUUAAUAAGUAGAAUAUCCAAAUCUAAUAAAGCAGUAAGACCACGCUUUGUGUUAUCUGCAUCUUAAAGGGAUCACUUGCAAGCUAUAAAGGUUUUUGGAUUUGUGGGUUUUUUUGCUUUUCACAAGCCAAUUCUGGCUCUAUUGAGCUGUCCCUAAUCAAUUUUAAGUAGGAAAUCAAAACCAUUCCCUGAGCUCAGAUGGUUCUAUGGCAGAACUUUUAAAGGUGUUUGGCGUCACUUUGAAAGGGCACACAGCAAUUUUUUAUACCAUUUAUAUAUUUGGCUAUUUCAUAACACCAUUUUACACAAACUUCAGUUUAACUUCUAAAAGGUAGAAGGAUGCUUUUUUGUAUUUUAAUGAAACUUAAUUUAGUAUCAGUUUUGGAACUGUUACUAGAGUUAAUAGUCAUGGUGCAUUUGGGGCAAAUCUGUGUUAAAUCUAAAAGUUUAAGUAGGCAAGUCAAGGUAGUGUGGUGAAAUUAGCCUUUCAGAACUUAAGUGGGGGCGGGCGUGGGAGACGGCCAAUCACAUCUAGCGCGCGCCUUUUUAAAAAGUUGAUCAAAAGCAAAUUUCAGGCGCCAAAAUUUUUAUAUAUAUAUACAUAUGCAGCAUGUAAAAUACAUCAUCCUAAUAAUUAGAUAACAUUCUAAAUAUCAAGCAACAUUUUAAAUAAAAAGGAUUAAAGAAGCGACAGACGAGUAAAGUUGAAACACCCAGGAAUUAAAAGGGAGGAUCGAGGAAGAUUCCGAUACUUGAUGUAAAUGCAGAGGAGUUUCCUGUGAUCAGUGAACGUCACCAACCAAUACCUUCGUUGGGAACUGCAGAGGAAAGACUGCUUUGUCCAAUCAGAACAGGAUUCUCUUUAUAUAUACAGAUAGCAAAGGGAAUACUUUCGUUUUCCCGUCAGCUAUCUGUUUUCUAAAAUUUGUGAUGGCUCGCACGAAGCAGACAGCCCGCAAGUCCACCGGCGGGAAGGCGCCGCGCAAGCAGCUCGCCACCAAGGCGGCCCGCAAGAGCGCGCCGGCCACCGGCGGCGUGAAGAAGCCCCACCGCUACCGGCCUGGCACCGUGGCCCUGCGCGAGAUCCGCCGCUACCAGAAGUCUACAGAGCUGCUGAUCCGCAAACUGCCAUUCCAGCGCUUGGUGCGUGAGAUCGCGCAGGAUUUCAAGACCGACCUACGUUUCCAGAGCUCGGCAGUGAUGGCGCUGCAGGAGGCCUGCGAGGCCUACCUGGUGGGGCUCUUUGAGGACACCAACCUGUGCGCCAUCCACGCCAAGCGCGUCACCAUCAUGCCCAAGGACAUCCAGCUCGCUCGCCGAAUUCGUGGGGAGAGGGCGUAAAUUGCUCAUGUAUUCCUAAUCUCAAAGAGGCUUUGACAUAUUGUAGUUGAUUAUAUACAGCACCAACAAAGGAAGAACUUUUACUUCUAAC